AUGCCCGUUAUUUCGAUUCUCGUUUGUCUCGCAUUAGGUCGUCUAAUUAUAAACAAAAUCGAACUAUUGUAUCAUAAUCGAAAAAAACAUACAAAUCGCCGAAUUUCAACAGCUACUUAUAAAACCGGUCGAUUGGUAUUGCCUUACACGCCCAUUGCUCCAAAUGAGCUCCAACGAAUUCUUCAAGGUGAUUAUGCUACUAACAGAGGAAAUCGCAGCUUGAGGGGCAACGAUGUUCUCCUUGAUCAACUAAACCGAAAACAAGUACUGCCGUCACCGUCAAAUGGUGGUGCACUCGCUAGUCUCAUCUUAGGACAAGCGAAUUCAUUUAUGUCGAUUAUGGAUGUUGGAUCUAAUCUGAAUUUACCAGGACCAGAAACGGAUCUAAACGUUACGAAUGAUAGUUAUCGAUCUCCGCAAUAUAUGAGUUCUAGGCGAGCAUUAGUUGAAAAAACAUCGAUUAAUCCGGCAGUUCAGCAGCAAAAUCGAAAUUCAGACGUUCUUGAUCUUUACUAUAUUGUAUCCGAACAAGAAAUAAAUACAAGGGUUGGUGAAGAAUUAACGUACAACUUUCUGAUUAAUGUACUGCCUAUUAUGUCUCCAUUGACACUGGAAGACAAGAAUAACAGAUGUGAAAAAAUUCUGCCAAUGAGCACGCGCGUAACAGACCUCUAG